AUGCCGCAGUCUUCGUUGAAGAGCACAAACAGAACAAAAUACUUGGCCCAAGACCAGCGACUGCGGAUUCGGUUGGGGCUUCAACCGCACCAAAAGCUUAUCUCCGGCCAGUCUCUUCAUGCUGCAGUGACUGCGCUGGGACUGUCAAGCUACAGUGUAGAGGAAAUGAAUGAUCUGGUUAAUGCCGUGGCAGAACAUGUUGGACUUCAUUUCAAGGAGUCGAGCACGGAUUCCGUCCAGAGAACAAGUUCCAGGGACAAAGCUGAACUUCUCGGCCUGGAGCCUGUCUGGCAAUGGUCAGGUGCCAGCGCGGCUAGAUCUGAAAUUCCUGGCCGACAGCGUCCGCCCAUAGCAGGUUGUGACAAAAAUGUUGUGCCUGCUCAAGCUUUGCUCGAGCUGCUGUUGGCAGAUGAGGGUCAAGUCCACCAGAAAGUUUUCAAAAAGCAGGUGCUGCUCAGACAGUUUCAGAGCAUUCGGGAGAUUCUGUUGGCAAGUGAUGCCAACCAGUUGGUUGCCGAUUUGACUGUUGUUCGGAUCAGUGACCUGGCUGCCCCUCCCGAACCACGGCAUCUUUUGGCAUACUUCGAGCCCUUCGCCGCUAUCAUGUAUUUCUCCUAUGGCAUCAUGCUAGCUUUCCAGCUUGACCCAUCAUACUCCAGCUGGUAUGCUUGGGCUCAUUUCGAAGCAGCGUUCACGCUCUUCCUCCUCAUAGAAAUUAUGCUCCGGAUGCACUUGCUCGGAUGCCGCAACUACUGGGGUGGGCCAGACAGGUUUUGGAACUGGUUUGACAUUCUUUUUGCAGUGUUUUCGGUCGCUGACCUUUUCAUGCCGCUUCAGAUGAUGUUUCUCAAAAUUAUCCGGCUCUGUCGGUUGACAAGGAUUGUCAAGGACCUCAGGUUGAAAAUGAUGAAAGAGCUCCGCCUUAUGAUCAGAGGCUGGUUUGCUGGAUUGCGAACUAUAGCGGUAGCAUUCAUUUUGCUGUUCUAUGUGAUCUACAUGAUCUCAGCUCUUGCAACAACCUCGCUGGGACCGAGCCAUCCAGUACUUUUCGGUACCGUGCCUGUCUCAAUGUUCACGGCUUUCAGAUGCUACACUGGCGACUGCUCAGAUAGAGAGGGUUUUCCCUUGACGGUGCUGUUGGCGCAAGAAUUCGGCACCGCAUUUGUUCUUUGCUAUGUCGUCAGCUACAUGUUGGUGACCAUGGGAAUCUUCAACGUGAUCUUGGCUGUUUACGUUGACAUAACCAUGAAGGCGGCAAAGGGUAGCAAUGCCAAAAGCCCUGAGCAGUACGCUCUUGAAUCGGUCCGAGUUGCUCGAUAUGCACGCGAGCUGCUGAAAAAGUUCGUGACAGCAUACCAAGACUUUAUGGGUAAUGAUGCUUCCUCAAGUGGCGAUUUCACCAAUACCGUGCAGGAGCAUGUCCAAAUCACAAAAGAAUUAUUCCAAAUCAUCAUACAGGAUGGAGCUGUGCAGGCGCUCAUGGAUGAGCUAGAUUUGCCGCUAGAUCGCGCUGACUUGUUCGCAGUCAUUGAUGCAGAUGGGAGUGGGGCGCUUGAUGCACAGGAGCUAGUGCAUGGCAUGCUGAGCCUCCGCGGCGAACUCACUAAGAGCGACGUUAUUGCCACUCUGCUGGCCGCAAAAUCCAUGCACCACAUGCUCCUGCAGAUGAAAAGGGAGUGGUUGCAGACUCGCCCGCCCUCGCCGACAUGUCCUCCUUCCCUUGAACAUGACGCACUCCGCAAACUCCCUGACGCAAGCGUGGGUCAGAAGCCACCAGAGGAAGACCACAACGCUGAAGCCCAAAUGGACGUCUAUACCUUCUAG